CUCAGAACGCUGUGUCUCUCAGCGUUCCACAGUGUAUUUAUUUUACAAUACAACACAACAGACAAUAGAGUUCAGUGUUGCCGCUUGCCGCCGGCCGCCGUCCGCUGUGCCGUGUAGUAGUGUGUGGAACAAUAGGGGUAGUUUGCGGAUAGCUGUGGCUAGUUAGACGUGAACGCAUAUACAAAUACAAACUCAUCCCAUUAGAGCAAAACCGGCCCCCGUUGUUAUCGUCAAUUAAUAAUGACCAGAAAAAAGGAGACUACUACCGGCCAUCAAGUGGAUCAAGAAAUUAAAGAUAUACAAUAAUAAAUUUCUAGAGACAAGGAUCAAAAUAUUUUAUUUGCUCAUUAUCAAUAUUUGAAAAGCUAUUCACUUGAGAAGCGGGCAAUUUUUGAGGUUAUACUUUUACAUUUUAAUUUUCAAGAAAAUCAAAUAAAAUGAGCACCGAAAGUCAAAUAACAACGAUCGUAAACGACAUUCUCAAGGUGGAGGCUUUGGAAGAGGCCUUCAGUUGCAUUCUAGACCACAAUUUAAGCAACGAAGCAAAAAAAAUGAAAUGUUGGCAAUCAGAAUUGAGCAUGGCGAUGACAAGAUUACCGGUCGAUCAACAAGAAUCUGCGAUUAAACAAUUUCUCAAUAUGGCUUCGACCAUGACAAACCAUAAACGUCUUCAAAUGCUGCUGGAUCUGCUAGAAAAUCUUGUUACCGAUAACGACUUGGGCGCGAGGCUAGUAUGCGAGUCUAUUUUAGGCUGUGAAAAACUGGUUUACGAGCUGCAAGAUUUUUGGGUAGAGUGUUUCGGCCUGAUACGACGCAUCAUCGGGGGAGUCGAUUAUAAAGGAGUACGAGAAAUAAUGAAAGGUUGCUCGGAAAAGGCUCAGACGCUUCCAGCCAAGCUGAACGCUUCGGUGCAACCGCAAUUGAAAGCAUUGGAGCAUGUGUUUGAAAAUAUUUUUGAUCGUAACGCCUGUCUGCUCCCAAGCUACUUUGUUGUAACAGAAAUUCAGAAAGUCUAUCCUGAAAAUAAAAAUUGGCCUCAUUGGAAACUAGCUAAAUUACUGUCCAGCUUCGUGGAGAGUUUUCGUCCCGUAGCUCAGAUGGUAUCGAUAAUAGGCCAUUCCAAAAUGCUUCCAGUGGUCGAGCACACGGGCUAUGCCGAUCAUCUCAUCAAUCCAUGGCUCCUCGAUCCGACAACCUUAAAGUUUUCCCUCAAAGGAAAUUUACCGUACGAUCCGGAACUUCUCAAACCUCAGACGGAAUUGUUGCGAUAUGUCCUUGAGCAGCCCUACAGCAGGGAUAUGGUGUGUUCAAUGUUGGGACUCCAGAAACAGCAUAAGCAGAGGUGCGUCGCGCUUGAGGAACAAAUGGUUGAGCUCGUGAUCCUUGCGAUGGAAAGAUCGGAAAACGAGACGACGGGGGGCUCAACAGCAGCGGGAAAUGGCGGUGGCGGAGAAGGAAUCGACGGGACAGUGGCGAAUCAUUGGGUCUGGCUUCAUCUUUCUUCCCAAUUAAUAUAUUUCAUACUAUUUCAAUUCGCUUGUUUUCCCAGCAUCGUAAUGGCCAUUCACGAAAAGCUUGCAAGUCGCGAUUUAAGAAAAGGUCGGGAUCAUCUAAUGUGGGUACUUUUACAAUUUAUUUCUGGCAGCAUUCAGCGUAAUCCCCUAUCGAAUUUUCUACCAAUAUUGAAACUCUACGAUCUCCUCUAUCCGGAAAAAGAACCUUUGCCGGUACCGGAUUACAAUCAGGCCUUGUGCACCCAUCAAAUGGCAAUAACCUGCAUUUGGAUUCACUUGCUAAAAAAAGCACAGCAAGAACACUCUAAUAUUCACAGACCCAUACCACUCGCUUUAAAAGCACAUCACGAAUUUCUCCAACACCUCGUUAUGCCCAACACGUCGUUGUGCAUGGGCUCGGAUUAUAGGAUCGCGUUACUGUGCAACGCUUAUUCGACAUACCAGGAAUAUUUCAGUAGACCAAUGGCCACCCUCGUUGACACAGUUUUGGGAACUCAAAAGAGUCAACCGCAACAGCCUUUAUCAACGACCCUUCAAAAUAACGCGGCACUAGCGACCGGGCCAAUAACUCCGCUCUCAAUGUCCAUUCUCGACUCGCUUACCGUUCAUUCAAAAAUGAGUUUGAUUCAUAGUAUUGUGACUCACGUGAUAAAACUCGCACAAUCGAAGAGCAACAUGCCCUUGGCGCCUGCGCUAGUCGAAACUUAUAGUCGAUUGCUCGUCUACACGGAAAUCGAGAGCUUGGGAAUCAAAGGAUUCAUCAGUCAAUUAUUACCAACGGUAUUUAAAUCGCAUGCCUGGGGAACUCUUUACACGCUUUUGGAGAUGUUCAGCUACAGAAUGCAUCAUAUACAGCCUCAUUACAGAGUACAAAUUCUCUCUCAUUUGCACAGUCUCGCUGCGGUGCCUCAAACCAAUCAAACUCAGCUCCAUUUGUGCGUCGAGAGUACAGCCCUGAGAAUGAUAACGGGUUUAGGCUCAGCGGAAGUACAGCCUCAAUUAUCACGAUUCUCAUCGGAGCCUAAAACUCUCGUCUCUUCGGAAUCCGAGGAAUUAAACAGAGCCCUGGUACUCACGCUCGCUCGUUCCAUGCACGUCACGAGCACUGGCGCAGAUUCUCUGAGUGGUACAUGGUGCAAGGAACUUUUGAACACUAUUAUGCAAAAUACGCCACAUUCGUGGGCUCAACAUACGCUUCAAUGUUUUCCACCGGUUCUUAGCGAAUUUUUUCAACAAAAUAGUGUACCCAGAGAGAACAAGCAACAAAUAAAGAAAGCCGUGGAGGAGGAAUACAGAAAUUGGGCAUCGAUGAGCAACGAGAACGACAUUAUCGCUCAUUUCUCAGUUCCUGGAACUCCCCCGCUGUUUCUCUGCCUCCUGUGGAAAAUGAUUCUCGAAACGGACCGAAUAAGUCCGAUUGCCUAUAAAAUACUGGAGAGAAUCGGUGCCCGAGCGCUCUCGGCGCAUCUACGAAAAUUCUGCGACUAUCUCGUUUUCGAAUUUGCAAAUAGUGCGGGUGGUCAUCACGUCAACAAAUGCGUCGACACGAUAAAUUUGAUGAUCUGGAAAUACAACAUAGUGACGAUCGACCGAUUGGUUUUAUGCCUGGCACUCCGAACUCAAGAGGGCAGCGAGGCACAAGUAUGCUUCUUUAUAAUUCAAUUGUUGCUACUGAAAGCAGCAGAAUUUCGCAACAGAGUGCAGGAAUUUGUAAAAGAAAAUUCACCGGAGCAUUGGAAACAAUCCAAUUGGCAUGAAAAACAUUUGGCGUUUCAUCGCAAAUUCCCCGAAACUUUUGCUCCGGAAGGAAUAAUGGAACAAACAAGCGGGGGCCCGAAUCAGUACCAAAGUUUACCCGUUUAUUUCGGUAAUGUGUGCCUCAGAUUUUUACCCGUUUUCGACAUCGUGGUACAUCGUUAUCUCGAAAUUCCACCGGUUAUAAAGAGUCUAGAAAUUCUUCUCGAGCAUCUCGGCUGUCUUUACAAAUUCCACGAUCGUCCUGUCACUUACCUGUACAAUACGCUACAUUAUUACGAGAAAAAAUUACGGGACAAACCACCGUUGAAAAGGAGGCUCGUAUCAGCGGUAUUGGGCUCGCUCAGAGAAAUUCGAGCUCCCGGUUGGGCUCUUUCCGAAGCAUAUCAAUUAUACAUGACCAGGGCCCCCGAUGAUGUAUCUUGGGUCCCCGAAUUGGAUUAUUACAUUCGUCUCGUUCGCCGAAUCGUCGAGACAAUGACGGGAACACCGCAUUUCCCCGCGGUUGAUUGGCGAUUCAACGAAUUUCCAAAUCCAGCGACUCACGCUCUCUACGUAACGUGCGUCGAAUUAAUGGCUGUUCCUGUUGCCCCUAACUUAGUUGCCAAUGCUCUCCUCGAUGUAGUUGCCAAAGGAUAUACGGUAAUACCAACAAAAGAAAUACACUUGUGGAUCAACUGCGUGGGAUUGUUGAUGGCGGCAUUGCCGGAAUGUUACUGGCUCGCACUUUACGAUCGUCUUGUCGAAACUGCGAGCAGUCCUGGCUUAGCUAAAUGGCAGUACAACAAUCUUACUCCUUUUCAAAUGUUUAACUUCAAUACAACCCACAAUUGCCUGCUCGAAAACAAAUACAGCUACAUGCUCGCCCUCGCUCAUUCGAUAUGGCAUCAUGCCGGAGUCGGACAAAUCACGACGAUGCCGCAAUUUAUCAAAGAAAAAUUGCAACCAAUAGUAACGAGCGAAGAACAGCUGAUAUUCGCUUGUCACUUGAUCGGGCCGACUUUGGCUCGUUUCAACGUCGAACGACCCCGUUGCGUCGUCGAGCUCUCCGUCAGCCUUUACGAGAUGCUCGAACAAGUCGAUCAUGCUCAAACUCAGCUCAAAUACAUGGAUCCUGUCUGCGAUCUUUUAUACCACAUAAAAUACAUGUUUGUCGGUGAUAUGAUGAAAACGGAUGUUGAGUGCAUAAUACGACGACUAAGGCACGCCUUGCAAAUGCGUUUGCGAUUCAUUGCUCAUCUCAAUAUCGAAGAGAUUCAGACGACGUAGCAGCAGCAGCAGCAGCAGCAGCAGCAGCAGCAGGAACAGCCUUGAAUGUGUAUCGUGAAAACCGUCGUCAACGAACUUUUCCAUUGAGUCGUGGGCGUGAGUAAUAAAAAAUUUGGUUGAAAAGAC